GAGAGAGAGAGAGGAUGGGGAUGGAGUGGGAGAAAGAUUCAUCUUGUUGGUUGGUUCAAGAACCUCUACUUGGGUUUCUUUCUCUUAUCAUCCAUUACUCUGGGGAGCUAGUAUUCCUUCUUCUUCAAAUAUAGCAACUACUGAAUCUACAACGAGGAUGACUGGUUUGUCAACUGAGGGAGGUGAUGAGAAACAUUUGGAAAUGCAUCCGAAGGUGGAGAGUGUUUCUGUCUUCAAUCAAUCUUCUUCACCACAGAUGAUUUCAGAGAUUUUUCAAGUCCAACGACCUGAUGAAAGAAAUCAAGAGGGUCUGAGGAUCCCAAGUGAUCAUCAUGGGCAUGAUGUUGCUCCCGCAGUAAUGAAGGAGGCGGGGGAAGAUAGCAAAUCUGCAGAGAGGCUUAAUGGGUCUGGUGUUGCUCCUAUAAUCAUGAAGGUGGCAGAGGAAGAUAGCAAAUCAGAUAGGAUUAAUGGGUCUAAUGUUGAUCCCGUAAUCAUGAAGGUGGCGGAAGAAAAUAGCAAAUCAGAGAGGAUUAAUGGGUCUGAUGUUGCUCCCACAAUUAUUAAAAUGCAGAAAAAUCAUACCCAACUAGAGAGGUUGGAAGCAGGUCUAGCAAAGAUUCGGGCUGCAAUAAGAGAAGCUGCUCAUCAGAAGGGGAAUCAAACUUCUGACUUCGAUUACGUUCCAGAAGGUCCCAUGUACUGGAAUGCCCAAGCCUUUCACAGGAGCUAUUUGGUAAUGGAGAAACAGUUCAAAAUCUUCAUCUAUGACGAAGGAGAGCCACCGUUGUUCCAUGAUGGUCCAUGUAGAAGCAUAUACUCCAUGGAGGGAAACUUCAUUCACCAGAUAGAGAUGGAUAAACGCUUUAGAACCAGAAAUCCUAAAGAGGCUCACGCUUUCUUCCUUCCCUUCAGUGUCACAAAGAUGGUUCGGUUCGUCUAUGUGCCCAACUCCCAUGACAUUGGCCCCAUAAAACAAACGGUGAUCGAUUAUGUCAACCUCAUCGCUGGAAAAUACCCAUACUGGAAUAGGAGCCUUGCCGCCGAUCACUUCAUGCUUUCUUGCCAUGAUUGGGGGCCACUAACAUCUUCCUACGUUCCACAUCUAUACAAAAAUGGCAUCCGGGUUCUGUGCAAUGCAAACACCUCGGAAGGAUUCAACCCAGCCAAAGAUGCAUCCUUCCCGGAAAUCAAUCUCAGAACCGGAGAAACCAAGGGAUUCAUCGGCGGGCCAUCCCCUUCCCGUCGUCCUAUACUCGSAUUCUUCGCCGGAGGGCUGCACGGUCCCAUCCGACCAGUUCUGUUAGAACACUGGAAGAACAAAGAUGAAGAUGUAAAGGUAUAUGAGUACCUCCCGAAAGGUCUGUCGUACUACGACAUGAUGAAGAAGAGUAAGUACUGCAUCUGCCCAAGUGGGUAUGAAGUUGCGAGCCCGAGAAUUGUGGAGGCAAUCUAUGCAGGAUGUGUUCCUGUGUUGAUCUCAGAUCAUUACGUCCCACCAUUCAGCGAUGUUCUGAACUGGAAAUCCUUCUCGGUAGAGGUUCCAGUGAGCGAAAUUCCCAACCUGAAAAGAAUUUUGUUGAGCAUCUCUACAAGGCAGUACAUAAGAAUGCAGCGAAGAGGGCUCAAGGUGAGGAGGCAUUUCGAAGUGAACUUCCCACCUAAGAGGUUUGAUGUCUACCACAUGAUUCUUCAUUCUGUCUGGCUUAGAAGAUUGAAUGUUCGAAUUCACGACUUACAAUUACAAUCAUAGCUCGCGGACUCUGAAAUCCAUUAAUGUGCAUUAAAAAGGAUCAGAAAAUGUUGUCAAAAUAAUACUUGAAAUGUUUCAGUCAAGGAGCUAGCCUUAUGAUGUUC